AUGGCCCAAAUCAAUGCGAUGCUCCUCGACCAGAAGAACACCUCCAAUAGCUGGCAAGAAACCACAUGUCGUUGGCUUCAAUCCAACAAGGAGGUGUGGAAAUCCUGGAUCCCCGACGAGAGCCAAUGCUUCCCCGGCUUCGGCCUCUACGACAGCGUGCUGGAGGACUUCACGGAGCAGCGAGUGAAUGCCUCGAACCCGAUCGUGUGCAAGGCGUGCGCUUCGGGCACGUUCUCAAAGGCUCUGUCGGAUUCCAUUGGCGAGACCUACAUUUGCGCCCCAUGUGCCAAGGGAACUAGCCAAGACAUGGGCGCGGCUACCUAUUGCAAGCCAUGCAAGUCAGGCGAGUAUCAGGAUGAGAUUGGGAGCCGAACUUGCAAGCGCUGUGAUAUCGCCAGCUACCAGGAGGAACAAGGUGCUGAAGAGUGCAAGAGCUGUCCAGCGUCCACAACCACCCUGGGUUUGGGAUCUGCGCUGCGCGCGGACUGUGGGUGCCAGAAAGGCUUCAUCAACACCGCUGAGCCAG